GUCAAGUUCAGAUAAGAAAAGCAAAUUGUGACCACAUCACUAUUUACCGAAAAAUGGCGUUGACAAGUAUCGGGAGAUUAUUUUUACCAUUAAUUUUAUUAGAAAUAUGUGUUAAAUGCAACGCUAACGAUAUUCUAGGGUGUGGUGGAUUUGUUAAAAGUCAUGUUCCUUUAGACUUUUCUAAAAUAGAAAUUGGACUGUACACCAAAGAAGGCAGUUUAAAAGAGAAGACUGAAUGUGCUCCUACAAAUGGUUAUUACUUUUUACCUCUUUACGAGAAAGGGGAGUACGUGUUAAAGGUUCACCCUCCUGCUGGAUGGAGCUUUGAGCCAUCCGAAGUAAACUUGUCAGUUGAUGGGACAACAGACCGUUGUUCUGCCGGGCAAGAUAUUAACUUUGCUUUCAAUGGUUUUGGUAUAACUGGUCGGGUGAUCACGGCUGGACAGAAACAGGGUCCUAGUGGCAUAGCUGUACAGUUGAUAAAUGACAAAGGUGAUGUGCGGAAUACAUUGACUACAGUAGGGGGUGACUUCCAUUUCACCCCUGUGAUACCUGGGAAAUAUAAUGUUAAGGCUUCUCAUCCCAAGUGGAAACUAGAGCCCAGUCAAGCAGUGGUUCAGGUGAAAGAAGGUAACACUGCAUUACCUGUUGGUGUGCUAGCAGUAAAGGGUUAUGAUGUCACAGGUUCCGUCACAUCAUUUGGCAGUCCUAUUCGAGGCUUGUAUGUUUUGCUGUACUCAAAAGAGGAAAGCCCCAAGUUCCGAGUGGAAGGCUGCAACACAGCACUUCUUCAAAGUGUACCUGAUUCUCCGAUCUGUCAUACCAUUACUGAUGCUAAUGGAGAGUUUAGUUUUGGCCUCGUCCCUGCAGGAGAAUAUAAACUUCUGGCAUUAUCUACAGCUCCUGGCCAGGUGGCCAUAAGCUACAAUGUGAAGCCUGAAUCAGUUCCAUUUACUGUCAGACAUGACAGUCUAUUUAUCAAGAAUGCCUUUGAGGUAACUGGAUUCACAGUUGUUGGGAGUGUGGUGAAGUCAGUAGGUGGACCAGGUCUCUCUGGGGCCCGUGUGUUGUUGGACGGCAAUGCAGUUGGUACCACUGAUGGCACUGGCAAGUUCACACUGCCUACCUUGCAGCCCUCUACUUAUACUCUGUCAUUUGAACAUGAACAAUGUGAGUUGGACGAUGUGCAACUGGUAGUGUCCCCGACGGGUCCGGCGGGCGGGCCACAAGCGCGCGUGUCACGCUGGCGAGUGUGUGGCGCCGUGACGCCGCCCAGCGCACGCCACGUCUUGCUCGCGAGGCAGGGAGCCGAGCCUUUGCGGAUCCCCUCGGACACACAGACAGGCUCCUGGUGCACCUACCUGCCUCCCGGCCUCUACAACGCCAAGGUCGACGUCUCCGACCAGGAACAGAGGGAUGGACUACAGUAUUACCCACUGAGCCAGAAAGUGUCAGUGGGCAAUGGGCCGGUGUCAGGCGUGACGUUCUCGCAGUUGAAAGGCAAGCUGAGCGGGCGCGUCCAGUGCAAGAUGGCCGCGGCCUGCGCAGACAUACCUGUCACGCUGCGACCGCUCUCUCCUGACGGCGGCUAUGUUGGCCAGCCCAUGACUACUGUUGCUAAAAAUGGCAAAUAUACAUUUGAAGAAGUCCUCCCCGGCAGUGUGGAGAUCUCAGUAGAGAGUGACGUGCUAUGCUGGGCGGAGUCCAGGCAUAACGUGGCGGUGACACAGGACCAUACAAACGUGCCCACGUUUGAACAUACUGGAUAUGUGCUCCGGAUACACUCCACACAUGAAGUUGAGGUGGAGUACAGCAGCGCGUCGUCGUCGGGCGUGCUAUCGGUGCCUGCGGGCGCGUCGUCGGCGUGCGUGCCGGGCGCCGAGCUGUACCGCGUGGCGCCGCGCGGCUGCCACCGCUUCCAGCCCCCACACGCACUCGCCGACACCGCCACGCUCGCCCCACAGACGGUGUACUUUGUAGCGACGGCGCAUGCGGUGGUCAUCCGCGUAGCGUCCCCUGUAGAAGUAGACGAUAUGAUGCUGCACGUGGUCACGGACGGGGCGCCGCCUCAGAAGGUCGGCCCGCUGCCUGCUCUGGCGCAGCCUGGAGGUGGAUUCAUGUAUGAACACACCCUGUAUUUGGCUGAUGGCGAGGUGGCGCAGGUCCGCGCGUCGUCGGGCGCGGCCGUCUGCGGCGCCGCGCAGGCCGUCGCCGGCCGCGCGCACUGCCAGCCCCGCGCGCUCACGCUCACCGCCAGGCCGGCGCGGACCCUGCGCGGCCAGACCGUCCCGCCCGUACCCGGCGUCACCGUCACGCUCGUCUCAGAUGACUUAAAACUGACUCAAGUGACGUCAGAAGACGGCAAAUACCACUUCGGUCCAUUGGACGCGGCAAAAACUUACAAGAUUACUGCUGAGAAAGAAUCGUAUGUGUUCAGUGAACCAGAUGAAGAUGGCAACAUUGUCGCUCAGAAAUUGGCUGAAAUUACUGUGGAGCUGUUAGAUGAUGCUGAUGGUACACCACUACAGGGGGCGCUAGUAUCAGUAAGCGGGGGCUCGUACCGCCGCAACGUGGGCAGCGGGGCAGACGGGCGGCUGAGGUUCUCGUCGCUGUGGCCCGCGCAGUACUACGUCAAGCCCAACAUGAAGGAGUACCGCUUCCAGCCACCACACCACAUCAUCACACUCGAACAGGGACAGGCACACCACAUUACACUCAGAGGCGUGCGUGUGGCGUGGUCGUGCGUAGGUGCCCUAGUAUCUCUGGGCGGCGCGGGCUGGGCGGGCGCCACGGUGCUGGCUGUGCCCACGGACUCGCCGCCACACUGCGCCACCGAAGAAGCCACCACCGAACCUAGUGGAGCAUUCAGGAUUCGAGGUCUUCUACCGAAUUGCGUCUACAAUAUCCAGUUAAAAGAAUCAACCGCUCCAGAGCUAUUAGGACUUAAAUUGGCUAAGGCACCUCCAGUUUUAGAAGUGAAGGACAACAAGGAUAUAGAGAACGUACGCCUGAUAGGUAUCCAGCCCCGGCAAGUGACAGAUGGCAGCGUGGUAGUGUACACGAGUACCCCCGCGCACUACCGCGCCCUGCGGCUGUACCUGACGGCGGACAGCUCGCAGACGGCGCUGUACUCGGCCCGCCUGGACCCCGGCCCCGGGGCCCACAACGCCGGCCUCCUGCACGUCCUGCCCCGCCUGCCUGCGGACAACCUCACCUACGUCCUACGGCUCCAGUGCUCCCUGUCCAAAGCCACGCAUUCUUAUGAAGAACCUGUAUACUACUUCGUCUCCGAUGGCCAGUACAAACACUUCACUAUCGAGUUUGAACCUAAGGUCAAGACUAGUGACCAAGAAGUACGACAGACGUCUUUACUGGUGCUACCGUUACUGGUACUUCUGGGGCUUGCGUGGCGCUACCGGGACCGACUGCUGCAGUCCCUGGCGGCCGCCGCGGCCAAGGCAGCCCGACCCACGCGCGCCCCGCGACCCGAGCGCAGCGCUGAGACACUGGACCGCGCCAGCAUCGACCAGAUCGUUUCAGCACUCAACCCACCAUCCAAAAAACCCAAGAAAAAACAACUCUAGGGCUCACAACAGAACAGUUCUAUAACUGUGAGAGAUAAGUGAUUUUUAAAUCCCCAUUUUAUUUUAAAAUGUGGAGACAGGUAUUCUACAAUAUAUUUAAACACGUGAGCUAUCAAUAAAUACGAUUUUAAAAAUAAGAUCGCGUGCUAAUCCAUUCGAAUUGGUUUUACAAAUAAGAAUAUUGUGUUGUAGCGAAAAUAUAUAAAAACUUUACACACGUUUACAAUCGAACAAAUACGUUAAGUAAAUAAGAAAUCAAACUAAAUAAGUUUUACAUCAAAUAAUAAUAAUGUAUUAUGUUCACAUCAAAUGGUAAUGUCAUCAUGAUCCGUAUUAUCCAAAACGAAUGAUCUUCGUGCAUUCGAUAACUAGUGUACGAUGUCUUUUCUAAUUGAAAUAAGACUGCAUUUCGCUUGACAAGACCAUUUAUUUAUUUCGGUUAUAAUAAAUCAGUGAAUAUCUAUUUGUAAGAGUUAAAUCUCCUAUUCUUAUGUAAAUGCAAUCCUUUUCACCAUAAAUUCGAAACUCAGUAUUUUAUUGUGCUCUUAGCAUAAUUUUUUGAUUUAUUGGACUGGCGGAAUAACGGACCAAUCUUUAAAAUUAUAAUUUACAACAAGACAUCUUUAGUCUAAACCCGAUUACAGAAUGUCUAUUACGAGUUUGUAUUUAACGCGACCCACACGUUACUGCGAGCUCUCUGAUUGGUUGGUUAGCUUCUAAAAAGCGAAUCAGCUGAACGUCAUACAUAACUGUCGUUUUAACAAACUCGCACUUGCCAAUCAGUAAGGAGGAUAUUUAAGGCAUUGUAAAAUUUAAAGUUAAUAUUGGUUUCGUAGGUAUCGAGUACAGAACUAUCAAACAACUUACUUUCGCAAUUAUAGUAUAGCUGGGAUUUUUCCAUACGAUUGGGCCGGCUUGACCGGAGUGAUACCAAAGCCGGUUUUCUAUGUAACCGGCGUUUGACACGCUUCUGUUGUAAAUAAGGUCGCUUCUAGUAUGGCGGAUAUCCACCAGCGGCAACGAUUGCUUACCAUCAGGUAAUCGGUAUGCUCGUCUUCACAAAAUACAAAGUGAAAAACCAAUGUUGUAUAUUCCAAUAAAUUCAUAUCAUUCGAUCAGUAACAUUAUUUUAAUAAUUUAUCUUUGGUUAAGGUGCAGUGAGUGAUUAAUAAUAAUUAUUUAUAUUUUGUUGUGCAUUGUUUUUAAAUAUUUUAAAUGCAUUUAUGUGAUGUAUGUUCUGUUGGACGGGAAAAUAAAAAGGAUUGUUUGUUUCAAACUGU